UUUUCCCCUCACCGAAGUCCCCGAGUUUGUAAAUUGUCUAGUAGAGUCGUCUCUCACACUCACAUCACAGGCUUUUAAACUGAACCAUUAAAACUCUUAACGACACUAUAAAAGAGAAAGAAAGAGAGAGAGAGAGUUCUUUUCUCUCUUUUUAUUGUUUUCUUUCUUUCUCUCUCUCCAACUUUUUGGCGGCUCCUCUGGAUUUCGAAGCUUCAGCUCCUUAACGAAACCCUAGUUUCUUCCGGAGGACUUGUUAAUACACCUAUAUACAUACAUCUGUAUACGCGCGAGUGAAGUUUCUUCUUGAAAAUUGAAUUUGGAACCGAUUCUUUGGAGAAGGCGGCAAUGGAGGCUUCUGCGGAGAAAAAGAGUCACAAACAGCAAGAGUUUGCUUUGGCUUCAGUCUCUGAGCUCGCUUCUUCUUCUUCUUCCUCCUCUGCUCUAUCUUCUUCGCCUAUUGUUGCUCGGUUCAGCGUUGAUGGUGGAAUCCCCGAGCUUCGGUUUUAUCAAGAAUCUCAAUCGUUUGCCGUUGUCAAUGUUGAUCUUCGAGUGGCUCAGCUAUUCAAGUUGGGCCCUUUGACCUCUGUUUGUGUAUCCGAAGCGUCUGAUACCAGCAAAGAGUAUUCUAAGGGGGUGACUAUCCAGUUUAGAAAUGAGGCUGAGAACAGCGCCUUCCACUGUGCAUUUGAGCAACUGAAGGAAAACUUCAUUAAUCAAGGAGGACGAUUACCAAAUGGGGAAACAUCAGUUUCUAAAAGCAAGUUCGAUGAUAAAAUAGAACCAUCUUCUGCUAAAAUGUAUUUCCAUUAUUAUGGACAACUGCUUCAUCAGCAAAACAUGUUACAAGAUUAUGUUAGGACAGGAACAUAUUAUGCUGCUGUCAUUGAGAACCGUGGUGAUUUUUAUGGUCGUGUGGUGGUCGAUGUUGGUGCUGGUAGUGGUAUCUUAUCACUCUUUGCUGCUCAGGCUGGUGCAAAACAUGUUUAUGCCGUGGAAGCUUCUGAAAUGGCAGAAUAUGCUCAGAAACUAAUUGCUGGGAAUCCAGCUUUGAGUCAACGAAUCACGGUGAUCAAAGGAAAAGUUGAGGAUGUUGAAUUACCAGAGAAAGCAGAUAUUCUCAUCUCAGAGCCAAUGGGAACCUUAUUAGUCAAUGAAAGAAUGCUGGAGUCCUACGUAAUUGCAAGAGAUCGGUUUCUUCAGCCAGCGGGAAAAAUGUUUCCUACAGUUGGAAGGAUACACAUGGCACCUUUCAGUGAUGAAUAUUUAUUCGUUGAAAUUGCAAAUAAGGCACUCUUCUGGCAGCAAGAGAAUUAUUAUGGUGUGAAUUUAACAGCCUUGCAUGGAUCAGCAUUCCAAGGAUAUUUUUCACAGCCUGUAGUAGAUGCUUUUGAUCCAAGAUUGUUAGUAGCUCCUUCAAUAUCUCAUUUGAUAGACUUCACUAAAGUCAAGGAAGAGGAUUUGUAUGAAAUUGACAUACCACUGCGAUUCAUAGCCUCUGUGGGUGCUAGAGUGCAUGGACUCGCAUGCUGGUUUGAUGUCUUGUUUAAUGGGAGUACUGUUCAAAGGUGGCUUUCCACAGCCCCCGGUGCACCAACGACACACUGGUACCAAUUACGUUGUGUUCUUUCUCAGCCUCUUUAUGUCAUGGCUGGACAAGAAAUUACCGGACAACUCCGAAUGGUUGCCCAUAAUGCUCAAAGUUACACAUUAUAUUUGACGUUGUCAGCCAAAAUGUGGGGCCCCGGUGCCGAUCAAGGAGGAGUAAUUCAAACCUCAUCUUGCAAACUUGAUCUGAAAGAACCUUACUACAGAAUGUCUCAACCACAAGCUUACACAUUGGCUCAAGAUCAGCAACCGCACCAGCUUAUACAAACACAGGAUAUACCUAUUCAGUCACAGGAAUUAGAUGACACUGAUUUAAUGGUACAACCAUCUCCAGCGUCAGUUGCACAGCUUAACACAUUGAAUGUUUAAGAAGUUUUACUUUUUCUUCUUCAAGUUUUAGAGAUAUUUGAUGAAUUGUAUGGCCAUGUUGGCAUUUAUGUUUGUAACAUAGACCUGUUUUUUUUCUUCUUUUGUUCCUAUUAUUUAUCUAGUGCUGAGAUUCAUUGGUCUCUACCUUACCCGUUGUUGUUCCGGUAUGUUUAGAUCAUUUUUGAGUGGUUGUGCAACAUAUCUUACACAUCCUCUAUACAACACUAUUUUGAUUUAACUAGCCCCACAAUAAAGUUACAUUGCUGCUGAA